GGGUGGCGGCGGCGGCGCAGGCGCAGUGAUGGGCCGGCGGGUGUUAGUCGCGGGGCUGCUGUUGGUCGCGCUGCUGGGGCCGCUGGGCUCGUCCUGCCGGUCCUUCCGAGGGCCCGCGGGCCCGGCGCUGUGGCCGCUGCCGCGCUCGGUGCGUCUGUUCCCGCAGCGGCUGCGCCUCGCCCCCGGCGCCUUCGACAUCAGCCACGGCCCCGGCUCCUCGGCCGGACCCGCCUGCUCGCCGCUGCAGGACGCCUUCCGCCGAUAUUAUGAGUAUCUCUUCGGAUAUUCCAAGUGGCAACAUGGUCCUUCAAGACCUUUUGCUGGAACCGAGUUACAGCAACUUCUUGUCACAAUUACCUCACCAGUUUCGGAGUGUGAUGCUUAUCCUUCCAGUACUUCCGAUGAAUCCUAUCAGUUAACUGUGACAGAGCCUGUGGCUAAGCUGGAAGCCAAUAAGGUUUGGGGUGCUUUAAGAGGUUUGGAGACCUUCAGCCAGUUAGUCUACGAAGAUGACUAUGGAACUUUCGUCAUCAACAAAUCUGAGAUUACUGACUUUCCAAGGUUUUCUCACAGAGGAAUUUUACUUGAUACAUCUAGACAUUAUCUGCCACUGAAUGCUAUCCUUACAAAUCUGGAUGCCAUGGCUUUUAACAAGUUCAACGUUCUACACUGGCACAUAGUUGAUGAUCAUUCUUUCCCUUAUCAGAGUGUCACUUUUCCAGAGUUAAGCAACCAGGGCUCUUAUUCUCACUCCCAUGUCUACACUCCGACCGACGUCCGCCUGGUGAUUGAGUAUGCUCGCUUAAGAGGGAUUCGAGUCAUCCCAGAGUUUGACACUCCAGGACAUACAGAGUCUUGGGGGAAAGGCCAAAAAGACCUCCUUACACCUUGUUACAAUGGAGCUCAGCAGAGUGGCUCUUUUGGACCAGUAAACCCAAUUCUAAACACCACCUAUAACUUCAUGUCUGACUUCUUCAAAGAAGUUAGCAGAGUGUUUCCAGACAACUACAUCCAUCUGGGGGGAGAUGAAGUUGACUUCAGUUGUUGGAAAUCAAACCCAGAAGUGACAAAGUUCAUGAAGGAAAAAGGCUUUGACGAAAACUAUAAUAAAUUGGAGUCUUACUAUAUUCAAAAGCUCUUGGACAUUGUUGCAUCUGAAAAGAAAGGCUACAUAGUCUGGCAGGAGGUUUUUGAUAACAAAGUGAAGCUUAAAUCAGACACGAUCGUUGAAGUGUGGAUAGAGUCUAAUUACGCUAAGGAGCUACAGGACGUCACAGCAGCUGGGUUCACGACAAUCCUGGCCGCCCCUUGGUACCUGGAUUGGAUUACAUAUGGGCAGGACUGGAAGAAAUACUACAGUGUUGAACCUCUAAAUUUUUCUGGGACCGAAGAGCAAAAAAAGCGUGUAAUAGGUGGAGAAGCGUGCAUGUGGGGGGAAUAUGUGGAUGCAACUAAUCUCACUCCGAGGCUCUGGCCGCGAGCAAGUGCGGUAGGGGAGAGGCUGUGGAGUAGCAAAGAUGUCAGAAACCAAAAUGAUGCUUACGGGAGGCUGACUCAGCACCGCUGUCGCAUGGUCAGGCGUGGAAUAGCAGCAGAACCACUGUAUGUUGGCUAUUGUGAAAACGAAGCCAGCUUUGGCUGAGUACUGCUGACUCGUGUGAUCUGCUUGCAAGAAAACAAGGAGCAAGAUAGCUACAAUGAUAUUUGCACUCUGAUCAAUACAAAUGAAAGCUUUCUAAUUAUGCAUUCUUUGAAAUAAAGUUCAUGCAGAGAAUAAGUAUGGAA